GAAAGCAUGGCGAGUGGAUGGAGGGUGCCGUUUGCUUUCCGUGCGCAUUUUUUUAAGGGCCAUAGCAGACUAGCGCCGGCAAGAAAGCUUCAGUCGUUCGUUUACUUUCGAUGGGCUCGCAUGUUUAGCGACUGGUUCACGGUGACCUGGUCGACAUGAAACGAUCGUAGUUUUUGCUGGACGGAAGUUUGCACAGGCAUCUAGUGGGCUAUGUUUAGGCGAAUAAUGCUAGUGUUUGCUUGUUGAGUGAAUCUAUUAGCGCCUGCGGAAGUCGUUCCUUCUCGAGGAAAACCCAGCAAAUAGGGUUGGCCGAAGUGAAAUCAAUGCUCCAGUGAUUUUAUCAGCGUUUUGUUUAGAAGUUGUGUGAAAAUGACUAUACCAGAAAGCCACUACACCACACCGGAGGACCGAUGGAGGGCGGAGGGGACCACGUAUCUGCAAGAAAACGAAAUCAUGCCCGGUGAUGGUGACUCGAUGACAUCCGGGAAUCAGCAACAGGCAUUCCAAACCGGUUCUUCGUUGGCUCCGUAUGGCGAUAGAUUCAGCGGGAAAGGAUCAACCCCCGAGGAGAAGGAACCGUUGCGCUAUGAUAAACAAAUGGAGGCACUAAAAGACGAGCGAUGCCGCAGGGAGGGAAGUGAGAAGCGGCAGCUAGAGGAGGUGGUUGCCGUAUCGACCACGAGGGGUGUAUUUCAUCAGUUACUUCUCACUUCCGCCGUGCUUUUACUGGCGGCGGGUUGUGGUAUGCCAAUAGGAUACUCGGCGGUGCUGUUGCCGCAGCUGUACGACGUGAACGAAACACUGACCAUCGAUAUCGAGAUGGGCUCUUGGAUCGCCAGUGUCCACAGUCUCGCGACUCCAAUCGGUUCGUUCGCCUCGGGACCGAUUAUGGACCGUUGGGGUCGCCGUCCAGCACUCCUGAUGGCUAUCGUACCGCUGUUCACAGGAUGGAUUGUGCUAGCGACUGCUUCUUCCCACUUUCUGCUCCUUCUCGGGCGUGUUGUAGCUGGAAUUUCGGUGGGGCUGAUUGCGGCCCCCGCACAGGUCCUCCUGGCAGAAAUCGCCGAACCUCGGUUACGUGGACUUCUGGUCGGAGCACCGUUCGUUUCAUACUCGAUGGGAAUCCUACUGGUGUACGCACUGGGAAGUCAGUUGCACUGGCGUGCGGUCGCCUGGGGUGGAACCGUGCUACCAUUACUCUCCUUUUUGGCCCUGUUCUUUGCCCCGGAAUCCCCAGUCUGGCUGGCCCGCAACGGUCAGCCCAAACGAGCUUCGGAUGCCCUAACGUGGCUGCGCGGUUGUCCAGCGCAAGCGAAGCAAGAACUGCACAAGCUAAUCGAGCGUUUCGAGGAGGAACAGCAACAAAACAAUGGCAGUCCGCAGAGCUUUUGGCGUUCACUUAGCGAGAUCUCCAUUAUCAAGCCGCUCGUCAUUAUAAACGGGUUCCACGCGCUGCAGAUCCUUUCCGGUACCUACCUGGUGGUUUUCUAUGCCGUCGACAUCAUCUCGGAUCUCGGAGGCAGUGACAUCAAUUCCAUUCAGGCGGCGGUAUUGACCGCGAUCGUGCGCCUUGCUUUCACCUUCCUCUACUGCUUCCUGCUGCUAGCGAUGCCACGACGUACCAUGGUUACCCUGAGUGGACUCGGUUCGGGUAUCAGCUGUAUUGCGAUAGCAGCCUUUAUGUACAUUCGAGCCGGAGAACAGAAAACGACGCUCGACAUGUACAUCGCGGCCGCACUGAUACUGGUGUACAUCGGAGCAAACACCGGUUUCCUCACGAUGCCGGGAAUUCUGAUCGGGGAGCUACUGCCUGCCAAAAUCCGUGGCCAAAUUGCUGGCUACCUGUUCACUAUCUUCAACCUGCUACUGUUCGGGGUGGCGAAAGGAUUCCCGUACGCGAAGGCCGCCCUCAAGACGCAAGGCCUGUUCCUGGUGUUUGGUUGUGCAUCGUUCGGUGCAUCGCUGCUUCUCUUUCUCCUUUUGCCAGAAACGAAGGGGCGCACAUUGCACGACAUUGAAGAUUACUUCCAGCAGCGUAAUUGGUUGUGGAUGAGUCGAAAACGGGUGGCUACUGUGCACGAUCAAGAACCUACCGAAGAAGGUCGGCGAUUAUCUAAAAAGUAGCGAUUUUCUCAGUGUUCCAAAAAAGGGGACUGGAAUUAUCACUUAGCAUCAGGUCGUAGCGGAACGGACAUAUUUUAAAUGUGAUAUUUUAGCUGCAUAAGCGGGAUCUUAAAGAUGAACACUACAUAUUCCUAAAGAUAGGUCAUCUGAUGGUUCGAUGUAGGGGUAAGCAGUCGUUCUAUUGUCGACCAUCCUCGAGCAUAUCGGUCAAUGUUUGUAAUGCUAAAUUAGAACAUUAGAACUGAAAAUAACCAAGACCUUUCAGGCAAAGGACAUCAUU